UGGUCUCAGUUCUUUGAGAGUGACUCAUCAUUGUACCCCCUGAAGAGUCUUACACUGAGUAGAUACUUAUAGUGUUCUCUUGCCAAGAUGCCAUGACAGCAGUCCACCAUGAAGAGUUGACAUGAAUUGUGACUUCUCCAGUCUUUCCUCCCUUGACCACGUUUUUGCCAUAAGAUUUACAUUGGGGGCCCUCAUAAGCUACGAGACCACAAGACACAUUGGGCAGUUGAAGUUAACAUGUUUUUUUGGACAAAGAAGGGGAGCAAAACAGAGGGUUUCCUGAGGAUACAAUGACAGUCACAGUGGUAUAUGAUAACUCUGAGGCAAGAGAGCUCUGUGCAGCUCAGCACCUCUACCUCAAGCCCAUAGCAAAACUGAUGAUCAAUGUGCUGCUCCCAGAGAGUACUGAACCUAUGAGGCCUUUCUCGAACUGGGAAGUUCUUGACCAGCUGAAGAGCCUGAUUUGCCCUGAUCAGUUCACCACAGUUCGGCUCUCCAAGAGUACAAAGAACUUCAUCCGAUUUGAGGGGGAAGCUGAAACUCAAAGUUUGGUUCAGAUCCUGAAGGCAAAAUUACAUGGGAAGAUCAUCAAGCUAAAUGGUUUGAAAACAGACUUAAAAGUAGUGGCAACAGAUGCCCAGGGAGAGUGGGAGCACUUACCCCAGAAACAGGAGGCCCCAUCAAGUGAUGGGGCCGAUGAGCUAGACUGCAAUAAGAGCCCACAUUCCAUACAUUUCCAAGGCUUGCCCUGUAAGUGGUUUGCACCUAAAGGUUCCAGUGGGGAGAAGCCAUGUGAAGAGAUUCUUCGGGUGGUCUUUGAAAGUUUUGGGAAGAUCAAGAAUGUGGAUAUCCCUAUGCUUGACCCCUACAGAGAGGUGAUGACUGGUGGAAGCUUUGGGGGUUUUAGCUUCGGCUUGCAGACAUUUGAGGCCUUUAUACAGUACCAGGAGUCAACAGACUUUAUAAAAGCCAUGGAGUCCCUUCGAGGGAUGAAGCUGAUGCUUAAAGGGGAUGAUGGAAAAGCUCUGGCAUGUAACAUUAAGGUUACGUUUGAUACAACCAAACACUUCAGUGAAGGAGCUAUAAGGAGGAGAAAUCAAGAAAAGCUAAAAUUACAAGAACUGGAGGAAGAAAGAAGAAAAGAAAAGAAGAGAGAAGAAGAAGAAGCUGAAAGAAAAAGAAAGGAGGAGGAGAGGAAAGCCCAGGAAAAGAGGAAGAAGGCCAGGGUCAGGAGGCAAGCCCUGAAGGAAAGGGACAGACAUCGGCAAAGGAAGCGGGACAGAGCCAAAGCUGAGGCAACUCGGGAGUCCAACUCUUCAGAGGAGUGGGAGGAGAGGAAGUUUCUUCUGGCUCAGAGGCGGGUGGAGGCCGUUUGGUUGCUACUGGUGCUCCUGAGGAAAAUUGCAGAAUCCACACAGUUUAACCCACAGGAGGUAGAACUUGCAGGCUGUAAAGCUAAGUAUGGUCUGGGGAACACAUUGGAAACUCUGAAGAAAGAAGAGUUAAAUAUUCAAUAUCUUCAAAAUCAGGAGGAAAUGCCCAGAUAUCGAGUUACCAAUGAACGAAAACCAAAAAAAAAGAAAAGAACUCAGUUACAUAAAUCUUCCCACUACCACUGGAGGAAAAAAAGAGAAUAUUCAGUUAGAAAAGAGAAAACGGGAAAAUCAUUAACCAAUGAAUACAAUCACAGUGUCUCUGACCAGAAAACCUCGCAAAUUUCAUUAAUUAAAGAUCAACCUCUUGAGAAAGAAGACCACCUCAAUUCUAAUGAAUACUAUCAUUCCAAUUUUUCUGAGAGAGACCAUGACAGAAAAGAUAAAAUCUAUGAAACAUAUGACUUUAUUGACUUUUCAUUAAACCAUUAUUAUCAGAUUCCAGAAUAUCCCUCUAUCUGCCUAGAACCAAGUCACCCAACAAGCACAUGUCAGUGGAAGAGGUCUGUUUAUGCUAAGGGAAAUGGAUUUCAAGUCAAUUUGAGAAAGUGUAAUUGUCACUCAACCACGUUGAGCCAAACACAAAAGCUGCAAAGGAGAGAACAGGUUCAAGAAGAUGAUUACUGGGCAAAUAGUCAUACUCGGGAUCUUGCGCAUAAACCACAAAAAAGAGCAAAAGUCGAUUAUGCCAAAGAAUGUUCUAAGGAGUUUAAAAAUCAUUACAAGGAUACAGUCAGUGAAGCUCAUGAUCAACUGACCCCAACUGAUGGAAAGGGCUAUCUGUUGGAAAAGACCUAUGCUUACCAGGUCAGAGAUUCCAAAUUCGGAAGUCAAAGUCAAGUUUCGUCAUUCAAAAGGUCAGAAAACUUAAAGCUGGAGUUCACAGAUUUCUUAGAGGAAAUUAGUAGUGAUUCUGAAUGGUUCAGUGAAACCCUUUCCAUAAACAAAGAAGAGAAAGAGAAAUCUGUGGCCACAUAUGAAAGUACCCCAGAAGGAGGAUCUCUUGAUACUGAUGAAGUCAUCACUUACAAUCAACAAAUUAGAUCAAGUCAGCCUACCUUGUAUUCAAAGUGGAAGCAUUCUGGGGAGGAAAAAUUCUCUGAAUACCAACUUGGGAAACCCAGUAAGAGGUCCAAGUAUGAACAGAGAUGUUUGUGGCUUGAGGAUGAAAACAAUUCCAUGCGAGCCAAGAACAGUAACAGCAAAAAGGAGGAAAAGCCAGGUCCCAAAUACUUGUUUUAUCAGGGCAACUUCCACAAAUCCAGUUCCAGUGACGUGUUAGAUGACAGCACAAGAAAGAAGAGUAAGUUUAGUGAUAAUACAUUUGAUCAGAAAAUUAACUACAGGCCCUUUUAUGUGCCAACAACAUCCUCACAAUGUGCUAAUGCUUUCUGUUCAAGGUGUUUUCCUCAAAGAGAGUUUCUGCAGAAGUCAGAAUAUAACCAGGAUGUAAGAAUGUUCAAAAGACAUGCGAAUUCCACAGAUUUCAUGCCGACUUUGGAUAACUAUCCUAUUAAACGUAACAGUCAGGAGCACAUUGACUGUGGAAGCUAUACUUUAGGAAAAAACUACACUAGCUCUAUAUAUUUUCAAAUGUUUUGAAGGUCUCUUAGAUCAGGAACACCCUUAUUCACAAUAAACAAUUUGCAAGAAGAGCAUUUAAAAUUAAAUAUAGCUAUGUAGUUAGCAACAAGAUCUAGAGAGCAACAUUUAAAAGCUUGAGCAAGGUCAAAUGAAAAACCUUAUUUCUCUUGUCAAACUAUAAAAUAUAGGUCAAAAUCACUACAGGUGUAUUGGCAAGCUUUAGGAAUACAAAACAUCCAGUUUCUGAAGCUCAGUAAAACAAUGUACUUGCAAAAGUUCUUCAUCCCAAAACCAACAUUUCUACAGUUCAACUGCAACUAUAAUUUGGUGCCAGUGAAGGAGCAAAUUAACAUUGAGAAGUAUUGAGAUAAAGCCUCUUUUGCCCUUUAGCUGUCCAUAAGGUCAUCAUUUAGCACUAUUUAUUUUCAAAGAGGGCAACAUUGGAUAAGGAUCUUUUUACAUGUUCUUUGAUUUGGUCAGAACACCAUGUACAACAAAAUUUUCUCAUUUUCAUCUAUCUAGAAACAACUAUAGAUAAAAGAAACGAGACAAUGGCUAGAACAUAGACUUCUUCAUGACAUGAGAGGGUUUCAUGAGCAUCCAUUAGAAAGAAAUUAAUCUUAUUAAUAUGUUCAUACUACUCAAGGAAUUGUCCUUUUAGAAACAAAGUCUUGGAAGGAGAAUCUAAAAGAGGCUCAGACGGCCCUUUGAGGGACAGUGGACAAUUAGCAGAGUUUUUUUGAAGAACCUCAUGUCAUUCCAGCCUAGAAAGGCAAUAGGAUUGAAGUGAUACACCAGAGGUAUUUGCAAAAAGAAACAUUGAAAGAUCCUUGGGCACCAAUAACGGCACUUGGGAAGAGAGGAGAUGACAGUAUUCCAUUUCAGGUUAUCUAAUCCUUUCACUCAGGGUUGGGUGAUAUCAGUUUGUAAAAAAACACUGAAUAUCCCCAAUAUGACUUUUAUUAAACAGUAACAAGUGCCUCCUCAAUACUCAAUAAUGCCAUGGGGUUAGGAAGAGUCGAUGACAAUGCCCAUAAUUUUCUGGCCAGGGCAAGUCGUAUAUGUGCAGGAUUUCUAAACUCUUAAACACUUUAUCUUUUUACUUACUUGUUUUGGACUUCUUGAAUAUGUUUUUAAAUUGAAAUAUUUUAUAGAUUUGUAAAGACUUCGUCUUAAUUCAGUGCAUGUUCUAUUGAAAGCUUGGCUGAUUAAUUCUGCCUUAUAUUGGAUUUAGGACCUCAGGGGCAGUAGAUGACCUUUUUUCCCUAACAAAGCUAUACCUGACUUGGCAAUCAAUGGAAGACAUCAAUGGGAUUAGACAAUCAGCAGCAGGAAAAGGUGGUUUUAAUUCACAGAAGUAUUGGAAGAACAUUUUCAUAUCCCAUGAUUUAUUUCCAAUAGUCCUAACAUGAUAGAAAAGUACCAGCUGGUAAAGCUGAGGUAGAAUGCCAGUCACUGUGGUUGCCCAGAAUGAUGAGGCACAAUGAGUGCUCAUAACCAGCCUCUUGAGCAACCUGAUACCUGAGGGGGAUACACAAUCUUGUAAUUCAUCUAAAGCAAGAGCCAUUGUUUGUUUCAUUGAUCUCUUCUAAUCAUAUUCAACAGACGUAUGCUAGUACAUGCAAAAGUUCAGAAAUAAAUGUAACAAAGCAGAUUAUGUUUACUAUUAAGAUAAUAACCAACAAACGAUUUGUUGGCUCUCUUGUCUUCAGUUCCACUUUCAAGCCAGUGACUGCCAUCAAAACUAAGUUUGGCUUGUCAAAUCUGAAAAAUUGCUAAUGCGGGCAAAUGCCUUUUCUCUUCUCAAGACUAGCAAUGACUAUUAAUGUUCAAAGUACUGUUGUCCAAGCAGCUUUUUAAACUACUAACAACUUGUAUUUUGUCAGACAGCUAUCAGAAACUAGACAUUAUUCUCCUCCACUGGGACUCUGCCUCCUUAUUUUUUGUGUGUUUCAUGCCGUUAAAGCAAAGAAUGUUAUGGGAAGCAGCUGUGCUUGUUUUGAAAAAACCCUCAAAUUCUUGUUAUGUGAUAAUUUUUUCUUUGUUGGGAUUUCAGUCAUAGAAACAAUUUGCUGCUCAUAAAGACAUAAAAUAAUAAAAAAAUAAAUUGCCUAAAACAACAUGUGCAUUUUUUUUUGUACAAUAUAACUGGUGCUAAGUUUCGUCUAUGUACUGUUUUUGUCUUGUUUUGUUUUGUUUGCUAGCUACAUACCACCCUGGGACCUAAAAGAAAGUAAAAAUACUGCUUUUAUACUUACUUUCUAUACAAUCUUGGAUUUUUAUGUCUUCUGGUAACACAUUCUAGAUUUCAGUAAACCUCUUUUUUUGUGUAGGGCUUAAAUGAGAAAGAAUCAUUGAACUUUUCAACUGAAUGGCUUAGCAAGGAAUGAAAUAGAAUUGAAAAUAUUGUUAUCACUUUCUAUUAAUUAACAUUGUUCUUUCCUGCACUAUUAUUUAAUUAACUGUGGCAAAAGUAUUUUUCCAUGUCUUUUUUCUAUGUCCUAUUAAGUAAGUCCUGAACUUUAAACUGUCAUUUUAAAUAAGUGUUCUCAUGUUUUUCCUUGUACGUGCCACAGAUAGUGUUUUAAGAAAGCUCAAAAUUUGUCCAUGUGUUUUUGUUCAAUUUGUUUGAAUUUCUCAGGUAGAAUGCACAUUGGUAGUUUUGAAAAUAACAACCAAAUAAAUGUAUUUUUAUUUGUUGCAAGACAGUUUAAAAAUGUUAACUUUUACAUAAAUGCUCAUGAUUCCAAGAUGGGGGGUAAGUUUCUACCUAUAGUAUGCUGCCUUGCACUUAAUGUUGCUGAUCCUUUUUCUCAUUUGUGUUGUUAGAGAAACAAUACAUUUAAUUUUUAGAUAAAUUAAAAAUAAAAUUGUCAUAGUGAAAAGAGUCUUGGUUCAUUCACCAUACUAUUGGCUGGAAUGUUUGAUAUCUAUAACAUUUUCUUGGAAAAUA